ACUGAUAAGGUAUUAUGAAAUGCUUCUACAUUGGGGCACAUGUACACAAGCUUUAUCAUAGAUAUUGACAGAUAUCGUUGAAACCUUCAACAAACCGGCAGUGCGAUACAAAGUCUUCUUCAUAGACAACAAACAUGUUUACUUUUCUAAUAGCCUCGCUGCUGGUGGUUGGAUCACGCGCUCUACUGUUCCCUCUUAACAACGGGCAAGAGCCCGAGCCCGAACUUCUGUUCGCCUGCCCCGCCCCGAACCCGCCCAAAUACGGAAGUCUUAACUGCUCGUACAGCAUGUUUAGUAUGACCUGCACAGCGAGAUGUGACGGGCAGUUCCAGUUCGAAGACGGUCGCCACUCGCAUACUGCAACCUGUGACCUCUUCGAGGGACAACCCAUUAAGAGUUUCAACGACUGCGUCCGAAUCGGUAUUGUCUCGCCGACACUUCCGCCAACCACUGCCCGACCGACCAGCAGCGGCAACUGCGUCCGGUCGCUAACAGACUGCUUCAGCCUGCCUGCAGGUGACUAUCCCUACUGCGAGAACUGCCGGAUGUUCGCCACGUGCGCCGGAAGUGGUUUCUACGUGCGCAACUGCCCGGGCAUCGCCGUUUUCAACUAUUUGACGGAUCGAUGUGAGGAUUAUAGCACUACUGCAUGCAGAAACUAGCUCUUUGUGUUAAAGCCUUGUGUGUGAAUAAAUAAUUUUGAUAGUA